ACGACGGCGUUUUACUGUUUCAGGCGUAACUAAGAGAGCCAAACUCAGUGACCGUUGAGCAGAUCUUAAAGUAACUUGAAAAGAAGAGAAUUUGGAGGAUGAUGAAGAUGGGAAACCGUGCGAUAUUGGCAGAUGAUGAUUCUGGAUCACGUAGCUUGGUUUAUUUCUUACUCUUUGUUUCCAUCACCGCCAUAGCAGUGGCCGGAGAUUCUCUGGACAGUGAUGGAGAAGUCUUAUUGAACCUGAAAUCUUACCUCGAAUCUCGUAACCCAACGAACAGAGGAAUGUACACGGAAUGGAAAAUGGAGAAGCAAGACGUGUGUCAAUGGCCUGGAAUCACAUGCACGCCUCAGGGAAGUAGAGUCACAGGGAUCAAUCUAAGUGAUUUAACCAUCUCAGGUGCUCUGUUCGGGAACUUCUCUGCCUUGACGCAGCUCACAUAUCUCGAUUUAUCAAGGAACACCAUCGAAGGCUGGAUUCCAGAUGACCUGAGCCGUUGUCACAACCUAAAGCAUCUGAAUCUUUCUCAUAACAUCCUUGACGGAGAGCUUAGCUUACCAGGUUUAUCAAAUCUUGAGGUUCUUGAUCUAUCGGUGAAUAGGAUUGCAGGUGAUAUUCACUCUAGCUUCCCAUUGUUCUGCAACAGCCUCGUUGUUGCAAAUCUGUCGGCCAAUAACUUUACUGGCAGAAUCGAUGACAUCUUCAAUGGGUGUAGGUAUCUGAAGUAUGUCGACUUCAGUUCCAACAGAUUCAGUGGAGAUAUAUGGAGUGGUUUUGGGAGGCUGGUUCAGUUUUCAGUUUCUGAGAAUCAUCAUCUCUCCGGGAACAUCUCAGCUUCCAUGUUCAGGGGGAACUGUACUUUGCAAGUCUUGGAUUUGUCUGAGAACAGUUUUGUUGGGGAAUUUCCAGGCCAGGUUUCGAAUUGCCAGAAUCUGAAUGUACUGAAUCUGUGGGGAAACAACUUCACAGGGAAAAUUCCAGCUGAGAUAGGCUCCAUAUCCUCUCUUAGAGGUUUGUAUUUGGGGAAUAAUAAAUUUUCUCGAGACAUACCAGAAUCUCUCUUGAACUUGAGCAACUUGGUGUUUUUGGAUUUGAGCAGAAAUCAUUUUGGAGGAGACGUACAAGACAUAUUCGGGAGAUUCACUCAAGUAAAGUAUCUAGUCCUGCAUGGGAACUCGUACGUUGGAGGCAUCUAUUCUUCAAACAUCCUCAAGUUACCUAAUCUUCUCAGGCUAGAUCUGAGCUACAACAGCUUUUCUGGCCAGUUGCCUGCUGAAAUUUCCCAGAUCCAGAGUUUGAAGUUCUUGAUUCUUGCUUAUAAUAACUUCAGCGGUGAUAUACCACAGGAAUAUGGGAACAUGCCGGGUCUUCAAGCACUUGAUCUCUCCUUUAACAACCUGACCGGUUCGAUACCAGCUUCAUUUGGAAAAUUGACGUCUCUUCUGUGGCUAACGCUUGCAAAUAACUCUCUGUCAGGAGAAAUCCCUCGAGAGAUUGGAAACUGCACGAGUCUUUUAUGGUUUAACGUGGCAAACAACCAGCUCUCUGGUAGAUUCCAUCCUGAACUGACUAAAAUGGGUAGCAAUCCUUUUCCAACGUUUGAAGUGAACAGGCAGAACAAAGACAACAUAAUUGCAGGUUCCGGUGAAUGCUUGGCGAUGAGGAGAUGGAUUCCUGCAGAGUUCCCUCCAUUCAUGUUUGUAUAUGCAAUUCUUACAAAACAGAGUUGCGGAAGCCUAUGGGACCAUGUUCUUAAAGGGUACGGUCUCUUUCCUGUCUGCUCUGCUGGUUCCACAGUACGCACGCUUGAUAUUUCAGCCUAUCUUCAGCUCAGUGGAAACAGGCUAUCCGGUGAGGUUCCUGCAAAUAUCUCUCAGAUGAAGAAGUUGAGUACGCUUCAUUUGGGUUUCAAUGAGUUCGAAGGGAAACUGCCUAUAGGGAUUGGACAGUUGCCUCUCGCAUUUCUCAACCUGACCCGAAACCAUUUCUCAGGCCAGAUUCCUCAAGAAAUCGGAAAUCUCAUGUGUCUGCAGAAUCUUGAUCUGUCCUACAAUAAUUUCUCAGGAGAUUUUCCGACAAGUUUAAAUGACUUGAAUGAGAUGAGCAAGUUCAACAUCUCAUAUAACUCCUUCAUUUCUGGUGUGAUACCGUCGACGGGACAACUGGCAACCUUUGAAGAAGACUCUUUUCUUGGAAAUCCCCUGCUGCAGUUUCCUAGUUUCUUCAACCAAUCAAGGAACAACACUUCGAGCUCAGGGGAAGCAGAUAAUGGAAGCGAAGAAGAAGAAGAAGAUGAAGCUGCUAUUGACAUGUCGGUCUUCUAUUGGAGUAGUGCAGUUUCAUUUUUUGUGACUGUGAUGAUAGGCUUUUUUGUUCUCCUGUGCUUUGAUUGUCCUUGGAGCCGAGCAUGGUUCCACCUUGUCGAUGCUUUCAUCGCCUCUGCGAAAAGUAUGUUUCCUUAAAAUCAUGUCAGCUCAGUUCUUGGAUGAUCCUUAUCAAAAACUUUUUUUUUUUUUUUUUCUAUUUGCUUUCUCUUAGCGUGAUUUUCUAACAAAAGAAGCUCUCUGAAAAAUGGUGAUAGUCUUAUCCACUUCUAACUUUGAAGUUUAAAGCUAAUUGUUUUUGU